AAAGAAGAAGGGGGAAAUCGUAUGAAGAUUCCUAUUUUCUAUUUAUUGUUAUUCCCUGCAUCUGCUAUAAAUGUGGAUGAAACGCACUUACAAGAGUUUUCAGGCACCAACGCUCAAACAUACCCAAAUUACCAAAGCUUUUCGUUCUUGCAAGACUCGGCCAUGGGAUCUAAACUCCUGCAUAACAAUAACAACGGUAAUAAUACUAUUAAGUUCCUCUGUAGUUACGGCGGCAAGAUCCUUCCUCGCCGCACCGACGGCAUCCUCCGAUACUACGGCGGCCACACCAGAGUCCUCGCUUUUCCUUCCACUUCAUUCUCAGAGUUAAUGACAAGGAUUAGCGAGCUGUGCGGUUCGCCGGCGACACUCCGGUGUCCUUUGCCAAACGGGGACUUGGUCACCUUGAUUUCCGUCAAAAACGACGAAGAUUUGGCAAAUAUAAUCGAGGAAUACGAUCGAGUUUCUUCGUCCUUACCUCAUCGGUUGAAGAUCAGAGCCAUUCUUUCGCCGCUGGACAAAUCAUCUCCUUCUCCAUCUUCUUCGUCCAGCGCCUCUCACACUCCGCCUGGUUCGCCUCACUCAUCCGCCAGUUCCCUGCCGUGUUCUGAGGCUCACCGAUUCGGCUGCCGGAACUGCUCGCCAACUGCGUAUUCUAUAUGCCCCCUUAACGGAGCGGCAAAAUCCGGUUCGUAUCACUCCUCUCCCUGUUCCUUGCCGUGCUACGCGGUGCACCGGUUCCGUUGCCGGAAUUGUUCCUCGGGUGCGUAUCUUACCAGCAUCCGUAAUGGAGCGGCUAAAUCCAGUUCUCCUCACCCCUCCGGCGGCUCCCCGCCGUAUUCCACAGCCCACCGGUUCGGCUGCCAGAAUUGCUCGCCGAUUUCGUAUCCAAUUGGCGUCUGUAACGCGGCGGUAAAAGGAUGUUAGGUAUAUUGCGAUGGUAGUACCAGCUUUGUGAAUUUUAAAAAUAUAUAAAAAAUUAGAUUUUUGUUUUACAAAAUAAAAUGAAUUUAUGUAUAAAGUAAUACUUAAAAUUUUUAAAAACCUGUGUAAAAAAGCUUCACUACCAAUUAACUUAAUUUAUACAAGAAAAAAAAUUAUGUAUUAUUUUAAGGGUGUUGCUCCCUCCACCACCACCCUAUACUUCCUCCACCUCCCCACAUUAUUUUAAAUAUAAUUAUAUCCUUAAGUUAAAAAGAUUUUUACUUUUACCCUAUUUUAAAUAAUUUGAAACCCUAAUUUUAUUUUUUCAGCACUCACCCACGCCACUCUCUUUCCCUUUUCCCAUUUUCGUUUCACUUCUCGCACUUCCAUUUCUUUUUCUUUCCAGUUUUUUUUGGUUUGAAAGCUUUCAUUGCCGUCGUGGUGUGAAGGAGUGUUGCCACCGUGGUGUGAAGGAAUAUCGAGGAACGUCCAGAGCAUCAACCAGUGUGGGAAGUAUACAUCAACGGAGGUGACAUCCUUCAACAGAUGUCCCAUAAUAAAACAAACUGUAAAAUAAAAAACGUAACCUUUAAACGGGAGGUGACAACUUCAACAGAUGUCAACAUCCGUUUAAGGUAAAACGGAUGUCGACAUCCGUUUUUCCUUAAACGGAUGUUGACAUCCGUUUUUCCUUAAACGGAUGUUGACAUCCGUUGAAGGAUGUUGACAUCCGUUGAAAGAUGUCACCUAGGUUACGUUUUUUAUUUUAGGGUUUUAUUUCAACGUUUAUUCAAAUACGAGGAAGCACUCUACGCACUGUACCACGAGAGGGAGACUGCUUAAUAAUUCUUUCCACCACCACUAAUCUUUGCAACUUGCAGUAUCUUACAACGACAAAGAAAGAGAAUAAGAAAUAUAAUAUUAAAAUGAAAGAAAAGUUAUUAAUGAAAUAAGUUGUGAAUGAAUAAAAUUAAAAAAUAAUAACUCUAAAAAUAAAAUUUUACUGAGAAACAAAAUAAUAAAGAAAAAGUGGAGGGAGAAAGGUGUGGUGAUGAAGGGAGCAACACCCUUGAUUUAAAAGUUGCUAUACAAAACCCAAACAAUCAAUUGCACACAAUCCCAAAAAUUCUUUACGGUGGGUCUCGCUUCACUAAUUAUUUAUUGCUACUGAUCAAAUUAUUGGUUUUUUUUUUCUGUAUCUCCAACCAUUUCUUUUUCACAUUCUAAAAUUAACUUUAAGAUUCUGUUUUUUUAAUAAAUUUCGAAAUUUAAUGAACGGCUUUUUUUUUUCAUCA